AUGUACCUUCCGGCUCUAGACUCGAUGGGUAAGACUUUGAAGGUCUCAACAUCGAAGAUGUAUCUGACUAUAACAGCAUACAUGGUCACGCAAGGAAUAGCUCCAUUAUUCACAGGCUACCUUUCCGAUAUCAAAGGUCGACGACCCAUUCUCUUCGUCUGCCUUUUCAUCUCCCUCGCAUGCAAUAUCGGGCUUGCGCGCCAAACAAGCUUCACAGCACUCAUUUCACUUCGAUGUAUCCAGAGUGUUGGGACUACCGGCGCGUCUGUGAUCACUAUCGCGGCCAUAAUCGACAUCGUUGCCCGCUCUGAGCGCGGCAAGUAUAUGGCAUACUCGACGAUGGGGUCCACGAUUGGCACCUCUGUAGGCCCAGUCGUAGGGGAAGUCCUCACACAAUAUUUGGGUUGGAGAAGCGUUUUCUGGUUCCUUGUGGUUUUCUCGGGAGUCGCAAUAUUGUUGCUUGUCAUUUUCUUUCCAGAGACCUGCCGUGCCGUUGUAGGAAACGGGAGCAUUCCGCCCCAGCCUUGGAACAAGACACUAAUUCGCCGACGAAAAUCAAUCACCCCCAGGUAUGAGACCCAGACGAAGUUCAGAAAGCCACCGCGGAUAGUUGACAGCAUCAAGCUCCUUGGUGACAAGCAGAUUGGCAUUCUCAUACUCUUUUGGUGUCUGAUCAACUGGGGCCAAGCAGCGGUGCAAAUCAGUAUACCAAUCUUGAUGACGAAGAAUUACGGGUUCAACUCACUGCAAGUUGGACUGUGCUUUAUUCCUAUGGCAGUUGGCGGUAUAGCCGCUCGGUGGAGUGUCGGCACAUUCGCGGACUGGAAUUUCCGACGUCUUGCUCGGCAAGUGGGCGUUGAUGUUCAGCGCAACCUGCAGACCAAGGAAGACCUAGAGAAGAUGCCGCUGGAGAAAGUCCGGUUACAGAUUGCGUUCCCUGCGUUUUACCUAUGCUGUAUUUUCUUGAUCGGUUACAGUUGGACCCUAGCUUAUAACUUACAUAUUGCUGCCCCGUUGAUAUUUUUGUUUUUCUUGGGCAACGCUGGUGUUGGCGCGACCAAUGUUCUUGCUGCAUUGAUUAUGGAUAUGCAGGCCUACCAGCCGGGGAUGACACGGGCAUCCAUGAACAUGGGUCGAUGUCUCCCAAUUGCUGGCGUGGCUGCUGGCAUCAAUCCAGCCAUCCAAGUCAUUGGGCUUGGCUGGUUGGGCACGCUGUUUGCAGGUUGCUGGCUUGUUUCUUCGCCGGCGCUGUGGGUUGUAUAUUUUCAGGGGGAGGUAUAG